AUUAUUAUAUUUUGUAUUUUAUCCAUUUACUUUGGCCAAGUGUAUGCUUACGGGUAAAACAAAAUUAACCCUAGAUUUAUUAAAAAAAAUAACUAUAAGAUAUUAUGUAGGCUUUCAACCUUCCAGUGAUGGGUCCCAUAAUAUACAUUUCCUUUCUUGCUAAUGACUUUUCUCUAUUUAAAGCAAAAUUGUGAAAUUAUUCAAGUGUCAAAUAAUAACCCACUCAAUUUCCUCUCCCUCUAUGUUCCACCAUUCAGCAACAUUCUUUGUAGCUGGCAAUCACAAUUUCCAUACAACAGGAAAAGCCAAUAUGGAAAAUGCUUGUAAAGUCAACCUACUCUCAUCUUCUUCUUGCACCUCCACCUCCACCUCCACCACCACCACUACGACAACCACAACCACCGUCUCAACUAUCACUCCAAUGGGCAGCAAACCUCAAAAACGAUCAAAGAGAACUCAAGAGGGAAACAAUGUCAGCGACCAAAAGAAACCGCAUCACCCUUCCUAUCGAGGUGUAAGAAUGAGAAGUUGGGGCAAAUGGGUGUCUGAAAUUCGUGAGCCAAGGAAGAAAUCAAGGAUAUGGCUUGGAACAUUCUUAACAGCUGAGAUGGCAGCCAGAGCCCAUGACGUGGCAGCAAUAGCCAUAAAAGGCCGUUCAGCUUACCUCAAUUUCCCUGACACUGUCCAUCUACUUCCACAGCCUGCCACCACAUCACCUAAGGACAUUCAAGAAGCGGCGGCUAAGGCUGCGGCUGCAUGUGGAGGAGAUGAACCCCAACCACCUAGUAAUACAGUUCUUUCUCACUCUAAUUCAUCAAACACUUUAUCAUCAUCAGAUAACACACAAGAUUCAGUGGCAUCCACAGUAGAAGACGAUGAUGCAUUCUUUCAAUUGCCAGAUCUUUCACUCAACACCAACCAUAGGAGCGAUAUGUUUGGCUAUUACCAUUCAUCAUGGCAUCUGGGGCCUGAAGUUGAUAUCGACUUUCGGCUUCAAGCUGAAGAGCCAUAUCAUUGGGAUAUAUCUGGCGUCAUAAUUUACCGAGAUGCUAGUGGAGUUAGUAAAGACGUAAGACUGGUAGUUAAUUAGUUAUUAGUAAUUUAUUCAGUAAGUUGACCAGCCAUAUCGAAUGGUAAAUGUUUUUAUUUUCGGUUGUGUGUAAUGAUUUAAGAGAAUGAGAAAUUCGAAAGCACGAGUCUGCAAACUUUAAUUUUCAUUAUUGGAUGAUAAUGAAAUAUCGUUUGAGCUCAAUUAUGAGACAAUUGUGACUUUA